AUGGAGAUGAGCUCAAGAUUGGCUUUUCCAAUGGCUUUUUUCUUAGUGUUAUUGUUGGUAUGGGUCAAUGAAGUUUGUGGUGAAUCCAACACUUUUAAUGUGAAGGACUUUGGUGCAAUUGCAGACGGAGAAACAGACAAUAGCAAGGCUUUGUUGAACGCAUGGAGCAAAGCAUGCCAAGAGAAGGAUCAAGGCACGGUUUUGAUCCCGUCAGGAACGUUCAUGGUGAAAGCGAUCACGCUCCAAGGCCCAUGCAACGAUCAAACAGCGUUUCAGAUCGAUGGAGUUUUACAAGCUCCUUCUGAUCCUUCAUUUGGUACUGACCAUUGGAUUAACUUUAAGAGUAUCAAUGGUUUGAAAGUCCAUGGAAAUGGGAAAUUGGAUGGCCAAGGAGCUUUGGCUUGGUCACAGACCACAUGUGGUGGGAAUGCCGAUUGCAAGAUUCCUCCAGUAUCGGUUAAAUUCAAUUCUAUCACCAAUGCAUCAAUUCAAGGCAUAACCUCAGUGAAUAGCAAGUUCUUCCACUUUAACAUUGGUGACAGUGAGGACAUUAUUAUCUCCCAAGUGAAGAUAUCAGCACCAGGUAACAGCCGUAACACUGAUGGAAUCCAUGUUAGCAAAUCAAAAAACAUUCAAAUAUUGAAUUCCAGCAUUGCCACCGGAGAUGAUUGUAUAUCCAUAGGCCCUGGGAAUACAAUCAUUUCCAUUUACGGUAUUUCAUGUGGACCUGGCCAUGGAAUUAGCAUCGGAAGCCUCGGAAGAUACCCCGACGAAAAGAAUGUCGAUGGAAUUUGUGUAAGAAACUGUACUUUUAACAACACCAGCAAUGGUUUGAGGAUCAAAACAUGGGCUCCUUCCCCACCCAGCAAAGUUACUGGUGUUACUUUUCAAGACAUUGUUAUGUACAAUACAGGCAAUCCUAUUAUCAUUGAUCAACAAUAUUGUCCUGCCAAACCAUGCAGUGCCAAGGUAUGCCCCUAUCAACAUUGA